GUGAGUAGCCAGCUGUACAGAGAGACACAGACCACCAGCACAUAAAUCUUACGUCAUUCAUGCAAUGGUCAUGUCACUCACCAUGAACGAACAUCUCAACGAACGAGUCACCAAUCAACACAUGGAUGGACAGACGCAGCAAGGAGAUACGGCCGCCUCAGAGACCAACGCAUCACAGCACGAUGCCGGCCGGUCCGCCCGCUCACCGGUCAGGUCGGCAGGUGAACGACAGAGUGUAUCUCUCCCUCCCUCCCUCCCUCCUCUAUGUCCGUCUGUUGUGCAUCUAUGUAAUUUGCCCGUCGCCCUUCAACUAGCUAUGUACACGCCCGCCGUCCGUUGGCUAUCUGCCUCUGUCGCUGUGUGUGUCUUGCUUGACCUAUAGGUCAGCGGCGCUUGCCCAAGACAGCAUCCCAGGCAGCUAGGAUAGGCAUCCACUCGUCCAACGAAAUACGCGGGCCUUCCUUCUCGCUCCCCCACUCCUUGCCGCCCUCCCUCCCUGAGGAAGUCAAUGGACGGAUGGACAGAACACACGACUGAGUGAGUGGGGCGGCGCAAGAGAGUUGUGCGUUCGGUCCAGCAACACCCUUCAUGGCACAGACAGACAGACGGACAGACAGACAGCGAUGGAUGUGCGAAGGUGGCAUCUGUCCAGUGCAGUGUACCUGCUGCUGUCCGCUGUCAUGGGUCAUCGGAACGGCUAUUUGAGGCACGCCAAACAACUGCAUCUGAACACACAUACACGACUCAUACACACACAAAAUGAAUGCGACUUACCUCGUGAAAGACGUGAGUGAUUCUCUCCCAACCUUACCUGUCCAGGCGGCAAUGGGUAGAGAGCGGUAUCGCCGGGUGCUGCCGGUGCAGCAGGCACCCACCCAUCGCUAAAAGGACCAUCACCACCGCUUUCCGCUGUCUGCCAGCCGCUUGCCGACGCACCCAUACCUCUACUGCUCACGGCAUGGCCAACAGCAAACGCGAGGCAACGCCAACUCUCCAGAGCCCUCGGUGAAAUCUUG